GUCUGUAGCCAGCAGGAAUUACGCAGCGAGGCAUAAUGUACAAAGCUACAUGCGUUUUGGGAGCUCAAAAGGGCGUCGUGAACCUUCUUAUUCCUCCAAAACGCUGCACCGUCGCGGGCGCAUUGCUUAAGAAUGAAACGACUCGGAGGGGGACGAUUUCGCGGGCCUGCAACCGUCGUCGCGAGCUGUUGCCGAGCGGAGCCAUCCCUGCUGGCCUCUCCGCUGCUGCAGCUGUUGCUAUUCACUUAGCAGUCUCCAACCUAGCCUGGGCGGAGGAACCCGCAGAUGCGCUUUCUGUUCUGCAGGUCGCGGACCCGCCCACACAAGAACUCGCAGCGGUGCCCCCAUCCGCCUCCCAGACCCAGCAGCCCGCGGAGGAGCCCAUUCUGACCGCUCCUGACCUCGCCCUCGCCCCUGACGUCACCCUCGCCGCCUCUCUCGCCUCGGAGCCAGCAGCUGCUCCCUCGGAGCUAGCUGCAGCUGCUGUGGAGAGUCCGGUGGUUCACAUGGACAUCCCCACACUGCCCGUCAUCAGCUCCGAAACCGACAUCCAGACCCUGGUUGCCGCACUGGUGCGCAACGAGCGCUUCACCUCGGCACUGCUCAACAACGAGGCCUUCCUGGACCGCCUGGCAGGGGAGGAGCG